CAUUCCUUCGCGGAUCAGACGGUGAAUAGGAGCCGGUUUGUCCAGCCUGUAACCAUCCAACUCUCGCUUGUUUCGGACCCUCAAUUCAUCAUACAUUGUCGUCUUCUUUUCAAUCGCUGAUCGAAUACAUUUCUGGGUGCUAUAUUGCUAUACGCUCGCUAAACGUUUUCCAUUCUUUUGCGUCUCUCGGUUUCUGGGUGUUUUCACGAGUUUAAUAUGGCAUUCGCUUUAAACCUGCUGGCUCUUGGCCUGGCAGCAUUCUCACAAGUCAGCGCACAACAAGGGCCAUGGAGAGGAGCAGGACAGUCGGCUGGCAGUCCAGCAUACAACUACAUGUUCCAGAUGCCGCUACCCAUUGGUCCCGUCGCAGAACCGGAGUUGACGGUAAACGUCAAUGGACGAACAGUACAAUAUUAUUCAGUCACGAUCGAGCCUUUCACACAACAAGUCUACCCUAAUCUAGGACCAGCACAUCUGACGGGCUACAAUGGCACCGCACCUGGCCCGACCUUCAAGAUCCCCAGAGGCACCGAAACGAUUAUCCGUUACCUGAACCGAGGCGAACUGUCAGCAGCAGUCCAUCUUCACGGUUCUUACACCCAUUCAGUAUGGGACGGCUGGGCAAGCGAUGAGAUGCAAGUGGGGCAGUGGAAGGAUUACUACUACCCAAACUCCGAAACUGCACGACCGAUUUGGUACCACGACCACGCUGAUGGCCACACUGCAACUGAUGCUUACUAUGGCCAAGCUGGUGUCUACAUCAUCACCGACUCAGCAGAAGAUGCCCUUGGCCUGCCGAGUGGCGACUACGACGUAGCGCUUGCGCUUAGCGACAAGAGGUAUCAGUCCAAUGGUGACCUUGCCUCGCCUAACGGCAACCCAAUCAACUUCUUCGGUGACGUUAUUCACGUUAACGACCAACCAUGGCCGUACCUUGCAGUCGAACCGCGCAAGUACCGUCUGAGGUUCUUCGACAUGUCGCUCAGUAGGCCAUAUGAUCUUUACUUCGCGGACCCAAGCGGCAACUGGAUCCCUUUCCAGGUUAUUGGCUCCGACUCCGGUUUGUUCGGCGCUCCUGUCUCGACGAACAACCUCUUGAUCGCAAUGGGUGAGCGCUACGAGGUGGUUGUCGACUUCUCCAGCUACGCUGGCAAGAACAUUACACUCGGCAACAACCUGCAACAGGGCCAGAUCCAAGAAUACGACAACACAAACAAAGUCAUGCGAUUCGUUGUCGGUAACCGCGUCAGUGAUAGCAGCAACAAUGGAGCCGUUCCGUCGGUGUUGAACGCCAACAUUGAAUGGCCAACACCACGUACGACUGUCGAUCACACCUUCAACUUCCAGAUGGGUGGCGACAGCGUUUGGACCAUCAACGGCAUCGAUUUCUCCAACGUUAACAACCGUAUCUUGGCAAAGCCGCAGCAGGGUUCGACACAACUUUGGGAACUCCGCCACACUGGUGGCCCGGCCGUGCAUCCCGUUCAUGUACACCUUGUCAACAUGCAGAUCAUUAGCAGGACUGGCGGCUCGCGAGGCGUCCUGCCCUACGAGGCGGCGGGUUUGAAAGACGUCGUUCUGCUCGAACCUGGAGAGGUGGUACGCGUCCUUGCCUUCUUCGGACCCGAGAACGGCGUCUACAUGUUCCAUUGCCACAACUUGAUUCACGAAGACAACACCAUGAUGGACGCUUUCAAUGUCACUUACUUGCAAGCGCUCGGCUACAACCAAACCACUGACUUCGCGGAUCCAAUGAACCCGCAGUUUGCAGCGCAAGACUAUAGCGACGCAGCUUUUGCGCCAGCUGCCGUGAGCAGCGCCGUGGUAUCCCUUGCAAACCUUGGUGCCUACUCUGCAUUCUCCGCCCUGGCUGCUGCAGAGACCGCGUAUUACGCAACAGCGCAGUCCACCAAUGCUAUGGCGACUGCCGUGGCGAGCACCACUGCAGCCAUUGUCAGUUCCGGCUACGGUUUCGCGACAUCAACGGCGACGGCAAGCACAGCAGCGAGCCAAGUCGUUACACUCAGCACCGUAGGCAAGGCGGUGUCAAAUACUGUCAGCACGAGCACGCCUAGUGUAACCUCGACGACUUCGACAUCGAGCAAGACUUCAUCAACGUCGUCCAAGACCACAACAACAACGCGACCAGGUGGUCCACCAGGACAUCACCCUCGCAUGUUCCAAGCGUAGAAGUCCUACGGCGCCGGUCGUUUUACGAUUGCUUUGAUUUGAGCGUUCACGUUGACUGCUGAAGCGUAGCAUUGGGCGGCGUAUACACCGCCAGAUGCUCAGGCACGGCGAGCUGUUUUGUAGAGGCUAGGGCCAUCACCACGGCGGAUUUCGCCAUAGUGGCAAGGAAUGGUUGUGAUGUUGUUUGAAAUGUACAUAUUUCGUAUUCAAACGAUUACUGUCCGUACGUCGAACGAAACUGCUGUAUCAUAGACUGAAACUGAACAUCGGGCCUCUCAAGGCUGCCUAAAUCAGCGGAGCAGUCGAGGACACGCGCAGUAAUCAUCGAGCUGGCUGA